GGAACCAGCGCCCCGAGCCUGUGCUCUACCGAGGCGCCUCCCGGAGCCCGUCGGGGGGCGUGUAGACCCGAGCGCGGCGGGGCUUCGAGACCCGCUGGGGCCAAAUCUUUAGCUUGAGGCGUCGCUGCGCCGAGGACGAUGAACCGCAGCCGCCAGGUGACGUGCGUGGCCUGGGUCCGCUGCGGCGUGGCCAAAGAGACGCCAGACAAGGUAGAGCUUAGUAAAGAAGAAGUGAAACGUCUCAUUGCUGAAGCAAAGGAAAAAUUACAAGAAGAAGGUGGCAGUGAUGAAGAGGAGACAGGUGAUCCUUCAGAAGAUGGCAUGCAGAGUGCCUGUACCCAGGCCCGACCUCAGGAGCUCCUGGAGGAUGGCGACCCAGAGGAUGACAGGACGCUGGAUGAUGAUGAGCUGGCCGAGUACGCCUUAGACAAAUAUGAUGAGGAAGGUGACCCAGAUACUGAAACUCUUGGUGAAUCUCUUUUGGGUCUUACAGUCUAUGGGAGUAAUGAUCAAGAUCCUUAUGUUACUCUGAAAGAUACGGAGCAGUACGAACGUGAAGAUUUCUUGAUUAAGCCCAAUGACAAUCUCAUAGUUUGUGGCCGAGCUGAACAGGACCAGUGCAAUUUAGAGGUACAUGUUUAUAAUCGAGAAGAAGAUUCUUUUUAUGUCCACCAUGAUAUCCUCUUGUCUGCAUACCCUUUGAGUGUGGAAUGGCUGAAUUUCGAUCCUAGCCCGGAUGAUUCAACUGGAAAUUACAUUGCUGUGGGAAACAUGACCCCCGUUAUUGAAGUGUGGGACCUUGAUAUAGUGGACUCUUUGGAGCCAGUCUUUACACUUGGAAGUAAGCUAUCAAAAAAGAAGAAAAAGGGCCUCCCUGGAAAGAAGAAUUCCUCAGCAGAUGGGCAUACCGAUGCUGUCCUUGACCUUUCUUGGAAUAAGCUGAUCAGAAAUGUACUGGCCAGUGCAUCAGCUGAUAACACUGUUAUUCUGUGGGAUAUGUCCUUGGGGAAACCAGCAGCCAGCCUUGCCGUACAUACAGACAAGGUCCAGACUCUCCAGUUUCAUCCAUUUGAAGCACAGACUCUGAUUUCUGGAUCAUAUGAUAAGUCGGUGGCUUUGUAUGACUGCCGAAGUCCAGAGGAAGGCCAUCGAAUGUGGCGAUUCAGUGGGCAGAUCGAGAGAGUGACUUGGAAUCACUUUUCACCUUGUCAUUUUUUGGCCAGUACAGAUGACGGCUUUGUAUAUAAUUUGGAUGCACGUUCAGAUAAGCCAAUUUUUACACUUAAUGCACACAAUGAUGAAAUUUCUGGUCUUGAUCUAAGUAGUCAAAUCAAGGGCUGUCUUGUGACUGCAUCAGCGGACAAGUAUGUGAAGAUCUGGGACAUAUUAGGAGAUAGGCCAAGCCUAGUUCACUCUAGGGACAUGAAAAUGGGAGUUCUCUUCUGUUCUUCCUGUUGCCCUGAUUUGCCAUUUAUUUAUGCUUUUGGAGGUCAGAAAGAAGGGCUUCGGGUCUGGGAUAUAAGCACAAUCUCUUCAGUAAAUGAAGCAUUUGGAAGACGAGAGAGGCUUGUUCUCGGCAAUACAAGAAAUUCAUCUGUUAGUGGCCCUUUUGGGAGCAGGAGCUCAGCAACACCAAUGGAGUCUUAAUGAAGAGCAUACAGUUUCCUGUUUUAUUUACCCUAACUCAGUUUUUUAAAGCUGGCCUGAAGGUGUUCCCUGCUGCAGCCAUCAAAAUGACUGAAACAAAAUUGCCUGACAUUCCUCUCUGAAGCUGUGGUGGCAGCACAAACAGGGCUGGUCUUUGUGCUAAUAACCUUUCAAGCAUGUGGUCUAUAGGGCUCCACUUGCAUUUCUUGAAAGGGAUAAUAAAAAAGGUUUUUUAAAAAUAA